AUGCCGCCCAACCAGAACCCGAAGAAGUUCGACUUCCUCGUUGGCCUUUCAAUCGACGGUUGCAAGCUCCUGGAGCUCGUAGGACAUGGUCACUAUGGGGCGGUUUUCCGCGCUUCCGAGCCAGACAAGGAAGCGUCGGUCGCAGUCAAAAUCAUGCGCGCGCCGAAGCCGGGUUCAUCCAAGGAGAUCUUGCUUUGUAACGAGCUUGAGGCUCUCCGACGGCUGCGUACGUGCCAGACCACGACUUAUCUACACCGAGUCGUCAAGCGAGACGGUCUACUCUGUCUGGUAAUGGACUACUGCGACGGCGGCGAUCUCUGGAAUCCGGUCAUGCGCGACCGCAAGUUCGUUGGCGACAGCGCGCUCACAGGCCGCGUAUUCGGAAUGAUGCUCGACGCAGUCCAGGAUGUACACAACGUCGACUUUGCCCACCGCGAUCUCAAGCCAGAAAACUUCCUCACUGACUCUGGUCUUGAACACUUGUGGCUGGCGGACUUCGGCCUCGCGACACAAGGCAGGGAGACGGACAAGUUCGGCCGUGGGACCCCGGCCUACUUACCUCCAGAGGGCUGGACUCCCGACCUGGAACGUAUCGAUGCAUUCCGAGGCGACGUCUUUGCGCUCGGCGUCACACUCUUUCAGAUGUUGUACGGAGAGUAUCCCUGGUGCCGCGCCAUCGCUCACGACAAGCACUGGGACGACUUCGUUGCCUACCGAACCGACUUCUUCCGCAACUGCGACAAAUGGGCUGGCAAGCGCGGCGGUCCUCCAGUAUCACGCGAAGCGCACGUCCUUUUGAGCGCAGCGCUCGAACCAAAGAUGGAGUCGCGCAUUGACAUGCCCGAGUUCAGGCGCCGAUUUCACGACAUCAACGACUUUUUCGUACCGCUCGAGUCGAUUCCAUCAGAUGUACACGCGCCUAUCGGGGUCCGGCACGCACCGGAUCUGGCGUCCGACUCAUCGUCGGACUCAGAGUCUGACGCCGGACCUGCAACGCCGCGUCGUAUAUCUUCGCACCUUCCUCCUGGAGGCGCUACUCUGGGUCUUUUCAAGAACGUGUAUGAUGAUGAUGAACGGGAAGGUAAAGGGCGGCAGCCAAGCACUGGAAUCAGGGCCUGGAUUCGGCGUCUUGUCGUACGGCCCUCAUCCAGUGCUUCUCGAUAA